AUGAUGAUCUUCAGAGCCAAUCCUACCGCCAUACGCCCUCCUCUUCGUGCGAUUGCACCUGCGAUAUUCAUGGUCGCGAUCGGUAUCGGCUCUGGCCACGGCUUGCGCAACUACUACCUCCACAUAGACACCGGCUCGAGCCUCACGUGGACGCAGUGCCUUCCGUGUAGCACGUGUUUCCCUCAAUCUGCGCCCAUGUUCGAUCCCCAAUUGUCCCCCACGUAUCGUGUCGUCGGCUGCGACGACCCCUCAUGCAAGCCCCCGCAUUACAAAUGCGUCAACAAUCGUUGCGAGUACCAUAUCGAAUACUACGAUGCAUCGAUCGACGGUGUCCUCUCGAGAGAGACCUUUACUUUCCAAGAUGCACAUUCCAGCCAUUCUGUGGAUGUUCAAAGCCUCGUCUUUGGUUGCACCCACUCAAGCCGCAUGAACUAUCAUGGAAACCCUGCAGGGAUCUUCGGCAUGUCUCAGAAUCCUACUUCGACAGUGAAGCAGCUUGCUGCACUCACACAUGGCCUGUUCUCUUACUGCCUUUUCCCGCUGAGUGCCACCCGUGCCAGCUUCCUGCGGUUCGGGCACGACAUCAAACCGCCGCGAGGAGGCUUCCGUUCCACAAAGAUCUUAGAGUACAAUGACCGCGAAGGCUUUUAUUACCUCGAUGUGGAGGACCUCAGCGUUAACGGGCGGCGCAUGCACUUCGCGAGAAGGACCUUCGCACGCCGGAGCGACGGGACCGGCGGUUUCAUAGUAGAUUCGGGGACCGCCGUGACGCAGUUAACUGCCCACGCAUUGGAUCGGGUGGAGCAUGUGAUGAAGGAUUAUUUUCGCCUCCGGCUCAACCUCCUACCUGUGAAUGAUUCUAGCUUGCGACUUAGACUCUGUUAUAAAAUGGUGCAGGGGAUUCAGCACCAGUUGCCGACCAUGACCCUGCACUUUCGAAAUGGCGCAAAUUACGACCUACGGCGGUCGGCGCUGUUUAUGAACUACGCUGAAAAGCGGACCUUCUGCCUCGCGAUGAUGCCGAGCGAGAGAAUAAGCAUACUCAGAGCAAAGCAGUAG